AUGGCUGAAUCUCAUAGAUUAUACGUUAAAGGUAAGCACGUAUCUUAUCAAAGAUCUAAGAGCACCAACAACCCAAACGUCUCUUUAGUUAAGAUUGAAGGUGUUGCCAACCCAGAAGAUGCUCAAUUUUACUUAGGUAAGCGUGUUGCUUACGUCUACAGAGCUUCCAAAGAAAUUAGAGGUUCUAAGAUCAGAGUGAUGUGGGGUAAGAUUACCAGAACUCACGGUAACUCUGGUGUUGUCAGAGCUAAAUUCAGAAACAACUUACCAGCUAAGACUUUCGGUGCUUCCGUUAGAAUCUUCUUAUAUCCUUCUAACAUUUAA